GUCCCCGCCGGCUCGCGGGGUCCCGAACCGCAGUCCUACAGGGAGGGCUCUGGCAGCCAGCCGGAAGGGGCGUGGCCCGGGCCUGCGGCCGCCCCGGAAGUGACGCACCGCCACGCUGGCGGUGCGGAAGUGGAGAUGGCGGAGCUUUACGUUAAGCCGGGCAACAAGGAGCGCGGUUGGAACGACCCGCCGCAGUUCUCCUAUGGGCUGCAGACCCAGGCCGGCGGGCCCAAGCGCACUCCGCUGACCAAGAGGGUCGCCGCUCCCCAGGACGGAGCCCCCAGAGUCCCCGCCUCAGAGACUUCUCCUGGGCCCUCCCCAGUGGGGCCUCCACCUCCUUCAAGUACACCUUCUAGGCCCCCAGUGGGGAGUUGUCCUGCCUCCACUGUGGAUCCCGUAGAUUUUCCAGUCACUGAUUGUGAGACUCUGCUGGAAGAUGUGCUGAAACCUUUGGAACAGGCAUUAGAUGACUGUCGUGGCCACACAAAGAAGCAGGUGUGUGAUGACAUCAGCCGACGCCUGGCUCUGCUGCGAGAACAGUGGGCUGGAGGGAAGCUGUCCUCGCCUGUGAAGAAGAGGAUGGCGCUGCUGGUGCGAGAGCUUUUAAGCCACCAGUGGGACGCAGCAGAUGACAUCCACCGCUCACUCAUGGUUGACCAUGUGACCGAAGUCAGUCAGUGGAUGGUGGGAGUUAAAAGAUUAAUUGCAGAAAAGAGGAGUCUGUCUUCAGAGGAGGCGGCUAAUGAAGAGAAAACUGCAGCCACAGCCGAGAAACAGACCGUACCAGAACAGGAUCCAUAAUCCUAUGGGUUCUCCAGACUCAACUCACGCCAUCUCCUGUGCCUUGGCAGGGGAGGCCUUGUCCCACGUGGCUUCCUCUUGGCACUUGGGAGACUCUCUGCCCUGUUGGGUUCCUCGGCCUGACCCAGCUCUGGGGGAAGAGGUCCCAGCUAGGCCACAGGGUGGUCGGUGGUCACUUGUUAUCCCUAACGUAUGUUUCAAUAAAAACAUCUCAAUGUG